CUCUGCCGGGCGGGCGACCCCGGCGCCCGGCGUUCCCGCGCCUGCUUCUGCUCACCCUCGGCGCUUUGUGCCGUCUCCGCGGCGCGGAGCAGCGUCCCUCUCCGGGGAGUCCCGCGCCGGCACCCUCAGUGCGGAAGACGAGGAUGGCUCCUUCGAUGAAAGUUGGCGCUACCGCCGCCGUGUCGUGAGGGGAGCGCCGCAGGACGCCAUCCGUGUGUGACCCCCAGCCCUCGGAGAAGUUGACACCGCUCGGCAGGGCGAUGGCAGAGGCUGCCGGCGGCAAGGAGCAGCCGGCGGCGGGCCGUGCCCCUCCCGACGCCGCUCACUGUGCCGAAGAGGAGCCCGAGCCGGCUUCCCUGGACGUCUCGGCGGCGGCCGCAGGCAGGAGGCGGGAGCGCCGCAGCGGCGUCUCGGCCGUCGGUACUGGCGACCGCUUCCCUGGCAGCAGCCUGGGGCCGGCGACAGCAUCCGACCCCGACGCUUGCCUGCUGGAGGCGGCAAAGGCCACCCCCCGAAGGAGCAGCAUCAUCAAGGACCCUUCAAACCAAAAAUGUGGAAGAAAGAAAACAGUGUCCUUCAGCAGCAUGCCAUCAGAGAAGAAAAUAAGCAGUGCCAGUGACUGUAUCAGCUUUAUGCAGGCUGGGUGUGAAUUGAAGAAAGUUCGUCCAAAUUCACGGAUUUAUAAUCGUUUUUUUACUCUGGAUGCUGACCUGCAGGCCCUUCGUUGGGAGCCUUCCAAGAAGGACCUUGAGAAAGCCAAGCUUGAUAUUUCUGCUAUAAAAGAAAUCAGACUAGGGAAGAACACAGAAACGUUCAGGAAUAAUGGACUUGCAGACCAGAUUUCUGAAGACUGCGCUCUGUCGGUAAUUCAUGGUGAGAACUAUGAGUCCCUUGACUUGGUAGCCAAUUCAGCUGAUGUGGCCAAUAUUUGGGUGUCAGGACUGAGGUACUUGGUUUCUCGUAGUAAACAACCCCUGGAUUUGAUGGAAAGCAGCCAUAAUACCCCACGAUUUGCCUGGCUAAAAACUGUAUUUGAAGCAGCAGAUGUUGAUGGUAAUGGCGUAAUGUUAGAAGAUACAUCUGUGGAGCUAAUAAAGAAGCUUAACCCCACCUUAAAAGAAUCAAAAAUUAGAUUAAAAUUUAAAGAAAUCCAGAAGAGCAAAGAGAAACUGACAACACGGGUAACAAAAGAGGAAUUUUGUGAAGCAUUCAGUGAACUUUGCACAAGGCCUGAAGUUUAUUUCUUACUUGUGCAGAUAUCUAAAAACAAAGAGUAUCUGGAUGCCAAUGAUCUCAUGCUGUUUUUAGAGGCUGAGCAAGGAGUGACCCACGUAACAGAAGAAAUGUGUCUGGAUAUUAUACACAGGUAUGAGCUUUCUCAAGAAGGGCGGUUGAAAGGUUUUCUUGCAAUUGAUGGAUUUACUCAAUACUUGUUGUCCUCAGAAUGUGAUAUUUUUGAUCCAGAGCACAAAAAAAUUGUCCAGGACAUGACGCAGCCUUUGUCACAUUACUAUAUCAAUGCAUCACACAACACAUAUCUAAUAGAAGACCAGGUCAGAGGGCCAGCUGAUAUCAAUGGUUAUGUCAGAGCUUUAAAGAUGAGUUGUCGGAGUAUUGAACUAGAUGUCUGUGACGGCCCAGAUAACGAACCCAUAAUCUGUAACCGUAACAACAUGACAUCACCACUUGCCUUUCGGAAUGUUAUUGAGGUAAUAAACAAGUUGGCCUUCUUUGCUUCAGAAUACCCGCUUAUUCUCUGCUUGGGGAACUACUGCUCAGUACAACAGCAGAAGGUAGUAGUACAACACAUGAAAAGUAUCUUUGGAAACAAACUAUACACAGAGGCACCUUUAUCCUCAGAAGCCUACCUCCCAUCACCCGAAAAACUGAAAAUGAAGAUCAUUGUAAAGGGGAAGAAGCUUCCCUGUGAUCAGGAUAUAUUAGAAGGAGAAGUCACAGAUGAAGAUGACGAGGCGGAAAUAUCUCGAAGGGUGUCAGAGGGCUUCUCAAGGGAACCAAAGCUCAUCUGGCUCUGCAAGGAAUUGUCUGACUUGGUGUCCCUAUGCAAAUCUGUCCAAUACAAAGACUUUGAAACAUCCAUGAAAUCUCAAAAUUAUUGGGAAAUGUGCUCCUUCAGUGAGGCGGAAGCCAGUCGGAUUGCAAAUGAAUUCCCAGAAGAUUUUGUAAACUACAACAAAAAGUUUCUGUCCAGGGUGUACCCAAGUGCUAUGAGGAUAGACUCCAGUAACUUAAAUCCUCAAGAUUUUUGGAAUUGUGGCUGCCAGAUAGUGGCCAUGAACUAUCAGACCCCAGGCCCCAUGAUGGACCUACACACUGGCUGGUUUCUACAGAACGGUGGAUGUGGGUAUGUUCUCAGGCCUUCAGUGAUGCGUGAUGAAGUGUCUUACUUCAGCGCAAAUACAAAGGGCAUUGUUCCAGGAGUCUCCCCUCAAGUUCUACACAUCAAAAUAAUCAGUGGUCAGAACUUUCCAAAGCCCAAGGGUGCUUGUGCAAAAGGGGAUGUCAUAGAUCCCUAUGUCUGCAUAGAAAUACAUGGGAUUCCUGCAGACUGCACUGAGCAAAGAACUAAAACUGUUCAGGAAAACAGCGAUAACCCCAUUUUUGAUGAAAGCUUUGAGUUCCAGAUCAAUCUACCAGAGCUGACCAUGAUCCGUUUUGUUGUUCUGGAUGAUGACUACAUCGGGGAUGAGUUCAUAGGACAGUAUACCAUCCCGCUUGAGUGCUUACAGCCCGGAUACAGGCACAUUCCGCUGCGAUCUUUUGUUGGCGAUAUCAUGGAGCAUGUUACCCUCUUUGUUCACAUUGCAAUAACCAACCGAAGUGGAGGUGGGAAGGCCCAAAAGCGUAGCCUCUCAGUGAGGAUAGGAAAGAAAGCAAGGGAAUACACCAUGCUGAGGAACACUGGUCUCAAGACUAUCGAUGACAUCUUCAAGCUGGCAGUGCAUCCACUCCGAGAGGCUACUGACAUGAGAGAAAAUAUGCAGAAUGCCAUCGUGUCUGUCAAGGAACUGUGUGGGCUGCCGCCCAUCGCGAGCCUGAAGCAGUGCAUCCUGACCUUGUCCUCACGGCUUCUGAGCAGUGACAACAUGCCCUCUGUUACCCUCUGCAUGAAGGAGGCAUUUCCUUACCUAGAGCCUCAGGGGACCAUGCCCGACGUGCAGAAAAAGGUCCUGGCAGCAUAUGACCUGAUGAUUCAGGAGAGCAGGAUUCUCAUUGAGACAGCAGACAUCACUCAUGAUAAGAUUCUUCAGUGCCAGAAAGCAGGAAUGGAAUUCCACGAAGAACUUCAUAACCUUGGGACAAAGGAAGGUUUGAAAGGAAGAAAAUUAAGCAAAGCCAUUGAGAGUUUUGCAUGGAAUAUCACAGUGCUGAAGGGCCAAGGAGAUCUCCUGAAGAAUGCCAAGAAUGAAGCCCUGGAGAACAUGAAGCAGAUCCAGCUGGCAUGCCUGUCAUGUGGACUAAGCAGAGCUGGAAGUGGGCACACGGACGCCAAGUCAAAACGGUGCCUGGAAGCAAUACAGGAGAAGGAUACUGGGGAUGAGAAUGGGAGGCUUUGAGGGGAGACAGAGCUGUUGCAUUUGUCACAGAUUUCAAUAACUCUAAACUAUUUUUUUAAAGCAUUUAAAAAUUCACACAGGAAGGCCCUCUACAGGGUGUUGAUAGUAUUAAAAUCCUGACAAUGUCAGUAUUUUAAUGCAGAUAAUUUAUCUAAAUUAAGCUUUGGUAGUGAGAUUUCUAAUGAAGCCAAGCUGUCUGUAUGCAAGUGCGUGUGUGUGCACAUGCAAAUCUUGUAGAUGCCCUUUCAUGCAUUACAUUAGCCAUUUGCUAAUUUAUUCCUUUGUCAUCUUUGAAUAGGCCUGUUCAUUCAGAGGACCAAAACAAGUAGACAGUACUUGUAUCAGUUUUGUGCUCCAGCUUUUAUCAUUUAACGUAUAGGUUACAUUAUUGUUAUGCUGUUUAAACAAACAAAAUAGAAAAGAUGCCACCAACAGCUGUUUUUUUUUGUGAGGCCAUGACUGUAAUGAACAAUUCCAACCAAGUAACUGAGAUAUAAAAUGGUCAGAGUUGCUGAGUAGAUUGUGAAUAGACUUGACUUGUGUAUUUCACACAAUUUUAGCCAACUGCUCUUCAGGAUACAUCCAGAUAGCACAUACUAACUUAAGAACUAGCUGGUUUCUUUCAUUCCAGUCAAUCUACCUUGUAGCUCUGCAAGACAGCUACAGUCUUUGCUGAUAGGCAUUAACUCGUGUAGUAACGAACAUAGCUAGUCAGCCCUGUAGUUACAAGGAGAACUGUAAAAAUCUUUUGAUGGUCAUGAGCUCUGAAUGUGAGCUUCAGGCCUUUCUGAAACACCCAGUGGUGCUAGUAUUGGAAGGAAGGUUUUACAAUUUCACAAACUGUGAGCUUUACUGCAAUAGGGGCAAGAGGUCAGGUCUUGCUUGCUGCCUUCUGCUUAGAUGCUGAAGUCAGUUGGGUGAAGCAAGCAGGAUCUGGUCUAACGUUGUUGUGGUUAAAAAUCAUGCUGUGCUAGAAGUUUGAAGCAAAGCUGCAAAACAGCUACAGAUGUAGUGUGGAGAAACAGCUUGGGAAAAAAACAAGGGUACCAGCAUUCUUGUGCAGCAGUUAAAAAUAACCUGACACGUCAUAUAUUUAGGGUAGUGCAGAGAAUUGGAUGCUUCUUUGAGUUGCUUGUAGAAAGGAGACAGAGACUGUCAUGGAGCAAUGUAUCCUCAUCCCUCCCAUUGUCCAGUUCACAUAUGCUCACAAAAUUUAUUUCAAUUGUUUAAGUAGUGUGCUUGAGUGUAGUAUUUGUGUUACCUUUAAC